AUGAGUAAUGCAGGUGCACAUCUUGGUCAAACUCCAUUGAAUAUAGCAAAAUUACGUGAUUUAUCUCGAAAGAAAUUACCUGAAAUCUUAGAUAAAGUACGUGGCAAGAAGGGCUUGGUAUUGGAUCCUCAGCUCACUGGACCACUUAGUUUAUUGACAGAAUUCAAACUAUUAAAGGAUCAUGGUGUGGAAAGAAUAUAUCAUUUGGAUUCUUCCGAAAUGGAUAGUGACUGUACUGGAAUGAUCUACAUUUGUCGACCCAAGAUGGAAUACAUGCGUUACAUUGCCAAUCAUAUCAAGCACUGGACCAGAGUUGGGAACAAAAUUGAUUGUUGGUUAUUCUUUGUACCCGAGCGAACCUUAGUGUGUGAACGAAUAUUGGAAGAAGAAGGUGUUAAAGGUGAUGUUACUAUUGGUGAUUAUGCUUUGGAUUGGAUUCCUUAUGAAGAUGAUUUGAUUUCUAUGGAACUGGAUCCUGCCACUUGGAAAGAAAUUUACUUGGAUGGUGAUACUACUUCUAUCUAUUAUGCAGCGAAGUCUUUGAUGAAAUUACAAUCAAUCUAUGGUUUAUUUCCUCGUAUUCUAGGGAAAGGAGAUGCUGCAAAACAAUUGGCAGAAAUGUUAUUACGUAUGCGACGUGAACAAGCAGUGGUGGAAGAAGUCUCAGUAUCAACAGCGGUCAAAAUGCCUUCCUUGCUCAACACAGUGUCCAAUCAUAUUGAUCAAUUAAUUAUCAUCGAUCGAAACGUGGAUACCAUUACACCAUUAUGUACUGAAUUGACAUAUGAAGGAUUAAUCGAUGAAACAAUGGGUAUUCGUCAUGGUUUUGUGGAAUUGGAUGCUUCAUUGAUCAAUCCACCGACAACUCAACAACAACAAUCACCAAACUUAUCAGGUUCAGGUCUUCCAAAGGUCACUCCUACAACAGCUGGUCAACCUGGGAAAAAGAAGCAACAAGUACUCAAUUCAUCGGAUAAACUAUUUACUGAACUUCGAGAUCAAAAUUUUGCAGUGGUGGGUGGGAUGUUAAAUAAACUGGCGAAACGGAUCAAUGAGGACUAUGAAGAACGACAUCAUGCAAAGACAGUGGCUCAAAUUCGUGAUUUUGUUAGUCGAUUAGGUGAUUUACAACAAGAACAUCAAUCUCUUCGUAUACACACAACAAUUGCUGAACAAAUUAUGGAAUAUACUAUUACUGAUGAAUUCAACAAGAUUUUGGAAGUUCAACAAAAUGUGGUAGCUGGUAUUGAUGGAAAUAAGGAACUUGAUUACAUUGAAGAAAUGAUUGAUAAACAGAAGCCUUUGAUCCAAGUACUCCGGUUAUUAUGUCUUAUGUCUUUAGCACAAGGUGGUCUGAAAUCCAAAGUCUAUGAUCAUUUUGAACGGGAAAUUGUUCAAACUUAUGGUUAUGAACAUGUUGGUACUCUUCAUCGUUUAGUCAGACUUGGGUUACUUGGUCGCAGAACAACUUCAGCUCCAUCACGUAGUGCAUUUUCUGCAAGCCGGCGAUCUUUACGAUUGAUUGUGGACGAUGUAGAUGAAUUUCAUCCAAAUGAUAUCUCUUACGUGUAUUCUGGUUAUGCUCCUUUGAGUGUACGAUUGGUACAAUGUGCGUUACAGAAACUGGGAACGGGUUCAUCAUCAUCUUCUAUUCCAGGAAGUGGAUUAUUGGCCACGGGUGCAAGUACAGCUAGUCUCUUCUCAUACGUUGGUAGUGGAGGAAGUACCAACAAUGGCAAGAAUGGUAAUAAUGGUUUCAUAGAUUUGAAGCAACCUGGUAUAAUGAAUGGUAAAUCAGUAAUCAAUGGCACAACAGUGACAAGUGGAUGGCAAGGACACGAAGAUACUCUAAAGGCAUUACCUGGUAAAGCAUUUGAAAUCGAUCAAACAGUGGAAUAUGGACCUGAAACAAAUGCAGCUUUAGCAAGAGCAAAAAAACAUGGCCUUCAACAUACAAAAACAACCGUAAUAUUCUUUUUGGGUGGAUGUACACAUACUGAAGUAUCGGCUAUUCGUUUCUUGGACCAACAUGAUGAAAGUCGUGAUUAUCUCAUUGCAACUACACAGAUGAUUAAUGGAAAUAGCUUUUUGGAACCUAUUAUUGAACAUAGUCAACGUCCGGAAACAGAUGACAUUGGAUAUUCUUUGUAG